UACGUUAACACGACAGCUGUAUAAACCGGCAGGACAGUUGUAGUUUCUAUAUCUGAGCAUUAAAUAUAUAUUCCAGACGGAAAUUACUUCUGAUACAAACUGAACAACCAAACACCGCUGAUUCAAAACCAGAGUUUACAAUGGCUACUGAAAUUUUUAACAAAGACACAACCAUUCAACUUAGGAAGAAGCACAUUGGGCCUUCCUGCAAGGUGUUUUUCGGCAAGGAUCCCAUUAAGAUAAUCCGUGCCAAAGGCCAGUACAUGUUUAAUGAGAAAGGUGAAAGGUACCUGGACUGUAUCAACAAUGUUGCUCAUGUGGGACACAGCCAUCCAUAUGUAGUGAAUGCUGCAGUCAAACAAAUGGAGAUGCUGAACACCAACUCUCGCUUCCUGCACGACAACCUUGUCCAAUACGCCCAGCGCCUUACAGCCACUCUGCCAGAGCAGCUCUCUGUCUGCUACUUUGUGAAUUCAGGCUCUGAAGCUAAUGAUCUUGCCCUUCGACUGGCUCGACAGCACACUGGUAACGAGGACAUCAUAACACUCAACCAUGCAUACCAUGGUCAUGUGUCGUCACUGAUUGAUAUCAGCCCUUAUAAAUUCCUUCAGCUUGACAAAAGUGCAAAGAAGGAUUUUGUACACGUGGCCUCUGCUCCUGACAUAUAUAGAGGGCAGUUCAGGGAGGACCACCCAGACCCUGCUACUGCUUAUGCAGAUGAAGUAAAGGACAUUAUGCAGGAAGCCCACAAAAAUGGUCGAAAGAUUGCUGCCUUUAUUGCUGAGUCCUUGCAGAGUUGCGGAGGUCAAAUAAUUCCACCAGCAGGCUACUUCCAGAAAGUGGCACAGCACGUGCGUAAAGCAGGAGGAGUGUUUAUAGCAGAUGAAGUACAGGUUGGCUUUGGCCGGGUCGGGAAACACUUCUGGGCCUUUCAGCUUCAAGGGGAAGACUUUACACCAGACAUUGUCACCAUGGGGAAACCCAUCGGCAAUGGUCACCCAUUGUCCUGCGUGGUCACCACCAAGGAAAUUGCUGAAUCCUUCAUGUCGUCCGGGAUGGAGUACUUCAACACAUUUGGAGGGAACCCAGUGUCCUGUGCAAUUGGGAAUGCCGUUCUGGAUGUCAUUGAAAAACAGGACCUCCAGGGUAACGCAGACAAAGUGGGGAAUUACUUAAUCAAGCUGCUGAACGAGCAGAAAGAAAAGCACCCUCUUAUUGGAGACAUCAGGGGUGUUGGCUUGUUUGUUGGUGUGGAUAUGGUGACGGACCGAGUGAAAAGGACUCCUGCCACAGCAGAAGCACAGCACGUCAUUUACAAGCUUAAAGAACAGAAUAUCCUCCUGAGUGCAGACGGUCCUCACAGGAACAUCUUGAAGUUCAAACCGCCUAUGUGCUUCUCUGAAGAAGACGCCAAGUUUGCAGUGGAUAACAUAGAUGAGAUUCUAACAGCUAUUGAAAGUGCAACCAUGGUGAAAACAGAGAACAUGGAUUCAAAUGCUGCUGAAAAUGGAGCUUGCAAGCGAAAGAUGGCUUCUUAUGAUAAUGAACACAGCAGUGGAGAAAAUGGAUACCAUGAACACGCACAUGGAAAUGGAGCUGCAUGCGGACAGCAGAUUGUAUAUUCCCAUGACAGCCACAAAGUGUCUUGCAAAAGAAUUAGAACGUAAUAUAUAUAUAAUCUAAGAACUUUUAAAAUAUUGUUGUCCAUGAGAGUAUAUAGGCAUGUAUGAAGUUAAGAAUGCCAACUUUUUACAUGAUGUAAGGUGCAUUUAAUUUCAGAGCAAUGUGUAUAACAUUAAUUACAUUUUAUUUCCAUGUGUUAAUGGUGUUACAAUAUGCAAUUUGACAUUUUGUUGCAUAUAAUUGGAAAUUAGUACUUCAUUUUUUAUGUAUUUUACAUAAGUUUUUAGUUUGACCUGCUGUAUAACCUCCAUAAUCUUUUUACAUAGUAUGUCCAGUAAGAUCACAAAAAAUGUAUGGCACAAAAAAAUUGUUAUUUAAUGGUUUUGAAUAAAGAUGUUUAAAUUUUUGUCCA